ACAAACAAAAGCAAACACUCCAUUGUUUUCCAAUACAAUUUCAAGUUCGAAAAAAUCAAGAAUGGUUGCCAUCACCUACGACAUUGAGAUCCCUUCGGCGGUCUCAGCUGCAAAGAUGUUCAAAGCCAUGGUGCUCGAUGCCGACACCCUCAUCCCCAAGAUCAUGCCUCAGGCCAUCAAGAACGUCGAGAUCUUGGAAGGAGAUGGCGGCGUUGGGACAGUCAAGAUCAUCCAUUUCGGCGAAGGGAGUCAGUAUAAGAGCGCUAAGCACCGCGUGGAUGCCAUCGACAAGGAGAAUUUGACACACACCUACAGCAUCAUCGACGGUGAUGCUCUUGCUGCUGCUCUCGAAUCCAUCACUUACCAUAUCAAGAUCGUCCCGACCGAAGAUGGAGGAAGCAUAUGCAAGAACAGAAGCAUUUACAACACCAAAGGCGACGUCGAGAUCAGUGAGGAGAAGAUCAAGGAGGGGAAAGAGAAGGCCAUGGCUAUGUUCAAGGCCAUUGAAGCAUAUGUCCAAGCCAAUCCUGAAUGCUAGAAGCUCAUGAUUUAUCUCACUUUUCUCUUUGUUUGUUGUUCAAGUUUGCAUUUGAAUAAGGAGUUUUUCUGUGAUUUUUCUUGUAAUUGUGCUGUUUUAAUUUCUUAUACAAGUAAUAAUAAAGUGAAUUUCAAUGUUUA